AUGUUGCGGAAGAGGGACGUCUUCACUGUGAUCAACCCCAUCCCGGGGUUUAUCCCUCGCCAGUUAGCGAUCGACAUUCUACACUCACAUUCCGAGGUCAUCACCCUGAACCCGCUCGUCCUCUCACACAAGCCCAUCCCGGCUCCGCAAAAUGCCGAGACGGACGAGUACUACUCCACCUGGUAUGAGAUCACGGAGCGCAUCCAGUUCGUCCCCGGCAUAGGGAAGAUGGGCGCUUCGGUCAUCAAGUUCAACGGAUGUUUCCAUGACAUGCCGUGGGGCUUGCAGACUCACAUCUACGCGCCCAUGAACGUUGAUCUACGACACAAGUACCGCAUUGCCGGCAACCAGCCCGGCGUUGAGCCCCCCGAGGUCCCGGAGAUUGGUUUGGCCUCGCUUGGCGUGCCAGCUGAUGGGCUUUACCUAAGACAGGAUAUUGAGAUCAAGUGCAACAUUACUGUGCUCAGUUUUGUCAAGUCGCAGAUGAAGAAGGCUGGUGGUGAGAUGGUCAAGAGGAUGAUCAAGAAGGCGGAGCUCCUUGACGCCGGAAUCCUUCAGGCAAUGAUUGAGGACGGAAAGCUCAAGACCAUCAACCCAGCCGACCGAAGCCUUCCGUAUAGAUCACCAUUGCCGUCUCCCACGAGCCUCCGUUACUCUCCAUCGGUCAGCGGUUCCCCUCCAGUGGGUUCACCACCUACACCGUAUCAGGUCCCGCGGGUGGAGUCGACGUAUGCGGGAUACCAAUACAAACGACCUAGCACGUCUGGAUCCUACGGUAGUGUCCGUCAUCAGGCCCAACCCGGCGCAUAUGGUCUUGGGGUACACGAUAUCCCCCAGGAACUUCCAACCGAGGUGUCAAGUCCGCCAGCCCAAGCACCCGUGGAGAUGCCAGGCGACUUCGUCCAUGCUUCUCCCAACCUGCAGCCAGAGAGGCAGUCACCUCAGCAAGCACCGCCGGGCUCACCGCGCCAGAUCCAUCGGGAAUCACUCAUCGACCGGGGACAACGCUGGGCGAACACAGGGCUUGCGUCCUGUCUCCAUGAACCCCAGCCUGGGAUCGCUGGUUCUGCAGGCGGAUGGGAAGAUUACCAGGCGGAGGCGCAGGUGCAGCGGCACGCACAUCCGCCUCAAUUCGCCCCCUACAACCCGGCCGACUAUGCUAAGCCGCAGCCCGGGCAACAGUAUAAUUACUCGCGUUGA